GUUUACAUUUUAUUUAGCAUAGAAUCGUGAAAUUUGUUUAUAAAAUAAAACAUGACAACCGGCGUCGAGGGCGACACCGAAGGAGAAGCUCAAGGCCCUGCCCAGAACCCAGAGCUACCACCAGAACUGAUGGAUAUCUUUAAAUCCCUGGCCGAGAACAACAAAAUCAUUUUCAAAUCCCAGCAAAUAGAUGAUCCAGAACUGCCCAUCCUGGAAAAGCAACAAAUAGCUCGGGAAUCCUUUGAAAAAAAUCGCGAGAACUUUCUUAUCCGGUUCGGGGGCUAUCUGAAUGUCAGGCAACUCACAUCCUUUCAAGAUUUGGGUAUCAAAGAGCCCAUCAAACCAGACGAGAAUGUGGAGGAGAUGUGUCUACUCUUAGAGGAUUUCAGGAGGAAACUUAGCACCAGGUCCGUUUCCAUAAAAAACAGGAGAUACCAUGCCAUGCAACAGCUCUUGGAGAAGGGCGAAUACUUCAGUGAGCACGAAAUGAUGCUGCGGGCGCCAGAGCUCUACCAGGAGUUGGUCGGCCAAUACCUCACAGAGGCGGAGAAAAAGGCCAGGGACAGCUACGAUGUGAGAAACACCAGUUUCUCCGGAAUACUCAUGAACUCCUUGGAAAAACAGCAAAGGGACGAGUUGUUGGAAGGCUCGAAACAAGAGGAAACGGAGGAGGAUGUGGCGGAGAGUGCCUCCGCUCCCACGCCUCCAUCUGUAGAUUUCGAAGUACCCGCCGCCUGUCAGAAGCAAUGGGGCGGUUUCGAUGACGAGCCCAUUGCUUGUUCUACGAGUAAAAUUUCGACAGCUGUAAAUGCCUCCAAAAUAUCAAAGAUCUCCACCCCCGAGUUCUACAAUCCUGGCGAGAGGGAACUGCUGCGCAAUGAGUUCCUCAGCAUGAUGAAGGAACGGUUUCUGAGUGGCGAGGAUAAGGACUUUGAUUACACAGCCGUGGAUGACAAUGCCCAACUGGAUGAUCUAAAGCAAAUCGAGCAAGAUGAGGAGGAUGCCUACUUCGAGGACAGUGACGAUGAGGAGGAACUGGACGAGCGGGCAGAAGAAAAGGAAGAUGCAUCCAGCGAGGAUGAGCUGGACAUCUACAUGAGGCACCUCAGCAAGCAUCAUAGUCUACAGAACUAG